GUGUACUUGGUGAUGGAAAUUGCUUGCCUAGGUCUGCUAGUGUGAUAAUGUAUGGAACAGAAAACAAUCAUACGGAACUACGUGCCAGAAUUGCAUUAGAACUGGCAUGCUAUUUGCCGCUGUAUGUGGACCAUACAUAUUUAAGGAGAGGUGAACAACUAUCUGAUAAAGAAGCGCUUGUUCUCCCAAAGUCUUACGUUAUGUAUUCAGAGCUGUAUACACCUGGAGAUAUAAUUACUUCAUCUUUGAUAGAAAGAACACUAUUUGAAGAGAUUAGGAAAGUAUGCAGUGCAAAUGAAUUCAUGGGAAUUUGGCAGAUUUUUGCACUUGCAUCAGUUUUGGGAAGGCCUCUGCAAUCAGUUUAUCCAAAUCGUGGAAAUCCAAAUGUGAGAAAAGAUCUCAAUCGAUCAAUCUUGCCAAGGGAAAUGGAAAGCAACACACCUGCAUAUAUCCUCUGGUCAUCAAACAGAAAUGAUGAAAUGACAUAUGCUCAUUGGAUUCCAAACCAUUUCUGUCCAAUUUUGAAGAUGUCCAUAAAUGAUGAUGUCCUUGAAUACAGUACUGACACUCUUGGAGAUAUAGACCUGGAAAACAUCAGCGGGUUGUCUGAGCAGCUGGCUUCAUGGGUCAUGGAUUUACUUGAUGACAGUGAUUCAGACGUCAGCAAUAACCAAUAUAAUAUGGAUGAGACCACAGCUGAUCAACACUCCUCAUUGGAUAAACUGACAGAUAACCAGUCCUCGAUGACAGUUAAACCCAUGGAUGUCCAAACUUUUGCUUCAGUUCAACCGGAAGAGGCUCUGAUGUCCAACUUGCAGGACAACAGUGAACAGAGCAACAAUAGUAUUGUUGUGUCUAAGGAUGAGACCACAGCUGAUCAACACUCCUUAUUGGAUAAACUGACAGAUAACCAGUCCUCGAUGACAGUUAAACCCAUGGAUGUCCAACCUUUUGCUUCAGUUCAACCGGAAGAGGCUCUGAUGUCCAACUUGCAGGAUAACAGUGAACAGAGCAACAAUAGUAUUGUUGUGUCUAAGGAUGAGACCACCACUGAUCAACACUCCUUAUUGGAUAAACUGACAGAUAACCAGUCCUUGAUGACAGUUAAACCCAUGGAUGUCCAACCUUUUGCUUCAGUUCAACCGGAAGAGGCUCUGAUGUCCAACUUGCAGGAUAACAGUGAACAGAGGGACAAUAGUAUUGUACUGUUCCAAGAGAAGCCCUUAUAUGACCAGCUCUUAGUCUCUGAGCACUACACUAAAAGAUGUAAUGAGCAACAGAGGUUGAUGUGUGGCCCUAUGUUUACUUCUAUACCCACAAGAAGGAGGACUUGUGGAUAAGUGCAUCGAUACGCCAUUCCAUAAUAUCAUCAGAGGUGGUCAAACCAAUAGACCCGCCAGAUGUCUGUUUGAUUGGAACUAGACGAUUUAUGUACAAAUUCAAAGAUCUUUGAACUUCAGGAAUCUGUGCCAGAGAGUGUUCCAAGUUUUAUGUCAAAUAAAAUAUUUGGUUAACGU